AUGUUUUCUCCCCUCUGUGUCUCUUUCUGCAGGUUAACAGACCUGUCAGGCUCUCUCACAGAUGGUCCAUUCAACUAUAAGUACAAGACCAAGUGCACUUGGUUAAUAGAAGGAUUCCCCAACGCUGUACUCAGGCUUCGCUUCAAUCACUUUGCCACAGAGUGCAGCUGGGACCACAUGUACGUCUAUGAUGGAGACUCCAUUUACGCCCCUUUGAUUGCCGUCUUCAGCGGUCUAGUGGUGCCAGAGACCAGAGGUAAUGAGACAGUUCCUGAGGUUGUGACAACAUCCGGCUAUGCUCUGCUUUACUUCUUUAGUGACGCUGCCUACAACUUGACUGGUUUCAGCAUCGCCUACUCGAUAAACUCUUGUCCCAACAACUGUUCGGGCCACGGCAGAUGCAGCACUGCGAACUCGGUCGCAGGACGUGUGUACUGCGAGUGCGAGGAGUACUGGAAGGGGGACGCGUGCGACAUCCCUUACUGCAGAGACAACUGUGGCAGCCCAGAUCACGGCUACUGUGACCUGACCGGGGAGAAGCUGUGUGUCUGCAACGACAGCUGGCAAGGUCCAGACUGCUCUCUUUCCGUUCCCUCCACUGAGGCUUUCUGGGUGCUGCCCAGCAUUAAACCAUCUGCUCAGUCUCUGGGUCGAGCGUCCCACCGGGCUCUGGUGCAUUCUGGGUUGAUGUGGGUGGUGGGAGGUUACUCCUUCAACUACUCCAACUACCAAAUGGUCCUCAACUACAACCUAGAGACCAGCACGUGGGAUGUGGUGCCUGUCAGCAGCGGCCCUCUCUACAGAUACGGACACUCACUGGCUCUGCAUCAGGAUGACAUCUACAUGUUUGGCGGGAAGUUGGAAGCAGGUCCUGCUAAUGUGACCGAUGAGAUGUGGGUGUUCAACGUCCCCAGGCGUACCUGGUCGUUACGGAAACCAGUCCCGCCACCUCCUUAUGCCCUGGAGGGACACGCGGCGCACGUGGUGGAGCUGGCCAAUGGCGAGCCAGUGAUGCUCAUCAUUUUUGGCUACUCGCCAAUCUACAGCUACAUCAAUAAAGUGCAAGAGUACAACAUCAGGUCUAACUCGUGGCAGGUUGUGUCUUCCGGAGGUGCAGUGGUCCAGGGAGGUUACGGUCACAGCAGCGUGUAUGAUGAAGCCAGUGGCUGUGUGUUUGUCCACGGGGGAUACAAGGCACUAAAUAACAACAAAUACGGCCUGGUGGACCACAUGUACCGCUACCACGUCCACACAAGAACAUGGUUAAUCCUCAAGGAGAGCGGUUUGGCACGGUACCUCCACUCGGCGGUGCUGCUGAGUGGCACGAUGCUGGUUUUUGGUGGAAACACUCACAAUGACACAUCUCUGAGCAACGGAGCCAAGUGUUUUUCUGCAGACUUUCUGGCUUAUGAUAUUGCUUGUGAUGAGUGGACUGUCCUUCCCAGACCAGGCCUGCACCGGGACAUCAACCGCUUUGGACACUCUGCUGUGGUUAGCAACGGCUCCAUGUACAUCUUUGGAGGCUUUUCUGGUAUGCUUCUGAACGACGUGCUGGCUUACACGCCUCCAUCCUGCCAGGCCUUCUCUAGCCCAGGUUUGUGCGCCGCCGCCGAGCCAGGCGUUCGUUGUCACUGGGUGAAAAGUAGAUGUGUCCCCUGGAAGCCGAAACCCCUCGACCACAUUUUUCCUGCUCCGUUCUGCCCUGCUCGGCCUGGGAGUCCCCAGAGUCAGAGUGCUCGUCCCUGUAAGACGCCUUGUGCUCUGCGCACCAGCUGUGCCAACUGCACCAGCCAGGCCAUGGAGUGCAUGUGGUGUGGAAGUACUCAGCGCUGUGUAGACUCCUCUGCGUAUGUCAUUUCCUUCCCCUACGGCCAGUGUCUGGAGUGGCAGACCCAGGAUUGUACUGCCCAAAACUGUUCAGGUCUGAGGACGUGCGCCGAGUGUCUGGAGAGGGUGGAGUGUGGUUGGUGCGGGGAUCCCAGUAACACCGGUAGGGGCGUUUGCAUGGAGGGCUCCUACAGAGGCCCUCUGAAGCCUGUGACGGCAAAGGCAGGACCCAGAGACCGGGAUAGACUGCGAGACAGGGACAUGGUGGUGGAUCAGGGUCUCUGUUCAUCAGACAGAGGCUACAACUGGGCUUUUAUCCAGUGCCCCGCAUGCCAAUGUAACGGUCACAGCAGGUGUGUGAAUGGCAGCGUAUGCGAACACUGUGGAAACCUGACGGCAGGGACGCACUGCCAGAGCUGCAUGCCUGGUUACUAUGGCGACCCCACCAAUGGAGGGAAGUGUAAUGCGUGCAAGUGUAACAGCCAUGCCAACGUUUGCCACGUCAACACAGGAAAGUGCUUCUGUACCACCAAGGGCGUCAAGGGAGACCAGUGUCAGCUAUGUGACUCAGAGAACCGUUACCUUGGUAACCCCCUUCGAGGAACCUGUUAUUAUAACCUGUUGAUCGAUUACCAGUUUACCUUCAGUCUGCUUCAGGAAGAUGACCGCUACUACACUGCCAUCAACUUUAUGGCAACACCUGAACAGAAUAAAAGCUGUGAUUUGUUUAUUCGAUGGUCCAAAAAAUCACAUUUGUUUUUUAACCUUUUUCUGUUCCUCGCAGCUGGAACCAUCUCAGGUGAGGAGAUGCCCAUCAUAGCGAGGAUGAACAUUAAAGAGCACCGUGACAGUUUCUCGAGUGAAAAGUUUAACUUCAGACUUCACCACAACAUCACCUUCUACGUGUAUGUGUCCAACUUCAGCUGGCCAAUCAAGAUCCAGAUUGCUUUCUCUCAGCACAACAGCAUCAUGGACCUGGUGCAGUUCUUCGUUACCUUCUUCAGGUAA